UGCGGAGUCAGGCGGAGGAAAGGGGCUGCGGGGGAAAGGAAAAUAGGAGAGAUGGAUUUGUUUGAAGACCUGCCUGAGCCCGGAGGAGAUGCUCAGAAGUCAAAACCUUCGCUGUUUGAUAACCUACCAGACCUAAGCAACCCAGACGUAGCACCUCACGUACCUGAUCUAUUUGGAGAGCUUCCAGAAGCGAAGAAUGACCUGAAGGGGGAGAAACGCAAAUUGCCAGAUCAGAAUGGGUCCAAAGACCAUGAGGACAAGAAGUUGUGCAAAGGAUUUGUCACCUUAAAGGGUUAUGUUGCAGAGAGAAAGGGUGAACGAGAGGAAAUGCAGGAUGCGCACGUUAUAAUAGAUGAUUUCACAUCGAAUUUCACACAGCUACCAUCAGAAGUCUCUCGGCUCUCAUACUUUGCUGUUUUUGAUGGCCAUGGUGGAGUACGAGCAUCCAAGUACGCUGCACAGAACCUUCACCUCACUCUUGCCAGGAACUUCCCCAAAGGAGAAGUGAGUAGCAUAGAGAAGACCAUUAAGAAAUGCCUUCUGAUGACCUUCAAGCAGACGGAUGAGGGCUUUCUCAAGCAGGCAUCGAGCCAGAAACCCGCCUGGAAAGAUGGAUCUACUGCCACAUGUGUUCUGCUGGUGGACAAAGAUUUAUAUGUUGCAAAUCUUGGUGACAGCAAAGCCAUUCUGUGUCGGGUGAAUGAGACCAGCAAGAAACUGAUGGCCUUGCCGCUGGUGAAGGAACAUAACCCAACCCAGUAUGAUGAGAGGAUGAGAAUUCAAAAAGCAGGGGGCACAGUUAGGGAUGGUCGAGUGAUGGGUGUAUUGGAGGUGUCGCGUUCCAUUGGAGAUGGACAGUACAAGCACUGUGGUGUGAUAUCUAUACCAGACAUUAGGCGCUGUCAGCUAACGCUCAAUGACAGGUUUAUUCUCCUCGCUUGUGAUGGAUUAUUCAAAGCGUUCACCCCAGAGGAAGCUGUUCUGUUUGUUUCAGCAAUACUUGAGGACAAGACUCUGACUGCAAGGCCAGGGAAGUCCGCGCAGGACGUGCAGUUUGAAACGGCGUGUAACAGACUGGCCAGUGAGGCAGUCCGCCGGGGCUCUGCGGAUAAUGUCACCAUCAUUUUGGUAGCCAUCAUGCACUGACAUGAGGACCUUGCCUCCACGAGAAUAUCUCGCAGGUGAAUACAGGUGUCCAGGAGGAUUUGCCAACCUCAAAAAGAAAAGAUGAGACAACCUCAGGACACUUCAAAAAUUUGAAAGUAAAAUGCAUAUCUUUAUUUCCUUACUCCACUCAUCUGAUCUUGUCGAAUUGCCACUCUGCCACUGACCAACACUCCUAAAUUUAAACUUCUAUGCGCCUGACCACAGCAGAGAUCCUUUUUUUUUAAAUUGUGUCUCCAAUAACCCAAUGGUAGAACUGCUGCCUCCUCUGUUUAGUGAACUGAAUCAACUUUUUUUUUAAGAAAAAACUUGUUUUCACCAUUCAAUCAUAUGGCAACACAACUGACUUGGCAACAUUUCUCUAUAUCCAUUGGUGUUGGAAUGCUUGAUACUUGCAUGGAUAGAAGGGGCAUGGAGAAAGCUGGAUUCCCCAUACACAGACUGUCUCAGAUAAAAGCUACCACAGGCAAGUGGUGGUUUUGAGAAAUAACAUGCAGAACCAGAUGCCAGGGAAGAGUUUUAAGGUCCUCCAUGAACAUCCCAAACUGUAAUGUGUGGAAGCUUUUAAUGAGUUCAAGGUUUCAUUUUAUUUACUCCUGUUGUUGCCUUGUUUGUUCAUGCUGGUGUUGAGGUCUGUGUGUUAGUGGAAACCUAGUUAAAGUUGUUUCUUUUCCAAAUGUUUUGCUGUAACAUCUCAUUUGAAUACAAGCAUUGACAUAUAAUUUUGUCUUGAACACCUUCUAGUGGUGGCUCCUGUUCAGUGCCUCGUCUUGCAGAAACAGACAUGAGGAUAGUUGCCCAGACCCUAAUUACAUUAUAGUACAUGAUGAAGUAAAAUUGGGCAGUAGUGAGACGAUGAGGGAGUGCACUAUCUCUUGGGUGUUUUCAUAAUCCACCUUUUUAUUCCACAAAAGUUAAUUUUUUAACAAAACAAAGUUCUCUUUCUUUCUGCUCAUGGAGGCCUGCUGCUUCGUCUUGUACAGGAUGGGAUUAUGACUUUUAACAUUAAUAGUAGAUUAGCAGCCGUGACUACAGAGUGACUGAACUCCACUUUAUUUCCAGCUGUAUAGAAUCGAAGAGUAAUGCAGCACAGAAGGAGGCCAUUCCAGCUCGUUGAGCUGGCAAUGACUCUUUCACGAUCAAUCCAGUCAGUUCUCUUUCCCCAGCUUCCCUACAGAUUUUCUGAAGUGUUUUCCAUUUCCAUUGUGAAGGCUAGAGUCUUAUCUGUGUCCACCAAUCCCUGUCUAUCAGGCAGUGUAUUCUAAAUCCUAACCAGUUACUGCAUGAGAAAAUGUUCCCCAUUACCUGUUGUUCCUUUGCCUUUAAUCUCUGUCAGCUGGCUUUCAAAUCUUCAGUCAUUGGAACCAAUUUAUAUUUACUAUUCCACCGAAACAUUUCUUGCAAAUCUCGUCUUAGUCUUCACUGCUCUAAGGGGAGAAAUCUCAAUUUGUCUCGUCUACGCGCACAACUUUAAACGCUUAUCCUUUGAACCAUUUUCAGAAACCAUUUUUGUGACCCCUCUUCAUUGUUUCUAAUUCUUUCCAGUCUUGAACUUGACCAGUUUUUGUGGCCCACUUACUUUACAUGACUGUGUUUCAGUUGCAUUUAUACAGUGCCCCUAGUUCAGUAGCAGCACACCAAGCCUUUGGUUGAUGGCUUUUUGGCGAAUUUGGCAAUUGGAGCAUGUGUCAAGGUCAGGAGUGAAAAAAAAUUCCACAUCAUAGAAUCGCAGAGUUAUUGUGGUACAGAAAGAGACCAUUCAGCCCAUCAUGUUUGCACUGGCUCUCUAAAUAUGUUAAAAUUAGUGUCAAUCUGCUGCCUUUUCCUUGUAACUUUGCAUAGAAAUGAAUUUUAACUUACUGGAUAUGCAAGUACACCGCUGCUAGAGGAUAAUUUUAAAACAGACCCUCUUGCCUCUGAUCUAUUUCAGACAGGGCCUCAGAACAAGCACCAAUGAAUGAUCCUUACAGGCAAGCUGAGAGGACAGCCUUUAUGCCAUCAAUAAUCAAUGAACACUGGGUGUUCCUGGUGGUCACUGUUUCAGAGGCAAGGGGAGUCUCAGAGCUUUCUCCUCUGGCCUCCACACUCCCACCACCACCCAGGUCAUGAGAAGCUGUCUGCUUCUGUGGUACCAGGACAGUUACUGUUUACCUGACAGGGUUGGCUCUUGAAUUUGGGACCAGCAUUAGAUCUAUUAGGGAAAUUAUGUGCGAGUUCCACAUAAGACCAGGUCAAAUAAUUUAUGUAAAUGAAAGCAAAAUACUGAGAGGGCUGGACAUCUGAAUAAAAACAAAGGCUAGAGAAGCUCAGCAGGUUUGGCAGCAACUGGAGAGAGAAACAGAAUAAAGUAGGAAUGACCCCAACCAUCCAGUUGCUUGUUGUUUCAAUAAACCACCUUGCUCCCAUGCUGACAUUGACAACCUUGUCCUGCUGCAGUGUUCCGAUUAAGCUAAACACAAGCUUUAUAGUCUUUUAGACUCAAUUUUGAGUUCAGAGCAUUGUCUCUUGUGCUGUAUUUUUCUGACAUCCCCUGAUCUUCCCUGGCUGUAACUUAAUUUGUUUUGUUCUUAGCAAAGCUAGCCCCAUUUUCUCCUUUUCAUAGCUAACAUUUACAGCUGUUAUAGCUUUGUCUCUUGCUCUAGACACCACCAGUGUAUCCCAUUUGCUCCUCCUCCCCCACACCCACCCGCACCCCCAUUCCCACUCCCAGCCCGAUUUCCCCACAUCUACAGCAUAAAUACAACCACUUACCAUCCAUUUUCAGUUCUGAACGUGGUUUAUAUUGGACUCAAAACACUAACUCUCUUCUGUCUCCAAAGUUGCUACCAGACCUGCUGAAUUUCUCCAGCACUUUGUUUUUAUUUCAAAUAAUCCACUUUCUGGUCAUGAACUGAUUCAGUGUUUUUACAGAGUUUUCUAACGAUGUUUGUUUGAAUGCCAAAUGGUUUUUGCUGAUAUUCUGCAGAACUGAGUGGGAACUGUUGUUACUGUUGCACAUUGCCCUCUAAUACUUGUUUGUUCAUUUUGCUAAAUAUCAACCCUGCCUUCUCUGUGUUAGAUUGUGUAGUAUUGAUUUUUACAAUAGUCUCCCCCCACACUGUUAUGCAGAUACAGAUGUUUGCACCGUACACUACCCCUACCUGCCUACUUUGAUAGAGUUGAGUCGAAAGUGCUUCAGUUUAAAAAUAACAUGAUCUCAGGACCUUAACUAUUACCAUCUGUAGUCAGAACACAAAGCCAUCGUCAUCAUCAUCAUCAUCUUGUGUCAUUUGACUAGCAAUAACAAAAUAAAUAGGAUGUCUCAGAUUUUUAUGGUAGAUCUUCUCACUCAGCCCUUGCUCUCAAAAGUGUUUGUGGACAUGAAUAUAUGUGGAUUGAAGGAAAGCAAUAAUUUUAAAGCUGUUUCUGUCACUGAGAUUACAGCUUUUUAUCACUGCACUUGAGGCAUUAGACUGUGGAUUGUAAGCAGUCACCUACACAUGUCGUUAUGAUAUACAACAAUAAUACCAGCACAGUACACACAUUCACAAGUCGAGUGGAAUGAUUUCCAGUAGCUUUUCACAACUGCCUCAUCCCUGCAGUUUGUCACAUAUGGUGUCAAAUAUUUCCUGGUUGGAUUCACUUUGAUAACUUCUUUUUUUUUUCAUAAUUUCAGGGUAGCUGUAUAUCUAUGUAAUAGAUACUUAACUGGGAGUUUCUCCAAACCUUUAGUUCAGCUUCUUCAUUUUAAUGAAUGAUCACAUUUCAUUAUUGAAUUCGGGACCCAGAGGGUUUGGCAUGGGAACCACAUGUUUCAGAAGGAAUGACACCGGCAAAGGCAUUCUCUUGUAAGAGCAGGAUUUUGCCAUUCUGAUGCUAGCUGAUCCGCAAGGGUGCCUAAGUUGUGGGUGAUAGAGUCUUGGGACUGAAGCCCAGUUCUUUUAAUGCAUACCCUUUUUCAGUUGUAACUCUACAACGAUGUGAAUCAUCUGCACAAUUUACAGAAUUUGUGGUGUUUAGGGGACCUGUUGAGAAAUGUGUAAAAACUAUUGCACUGUCUGCUGUCAUGGAUUUUUCUUUAGUAUGAUUAAAUGACACUGCCACACCCCCCCCUCCCCACUCCCCGCCCCCGGGGGUGCAAUCUGGUAGAAUGAAUAUAUUGUACAAGUGAUGUGCCAGAGAGUAGUGCAGAAGGCAGACAGCAUGUAUUGUGCAUGCUCUUGUCUAAUAAUACAUUGAAAUGAAACUUGAUCUUACAAAGAAACCUGUAGCCUGACUUGGAACCAGCAAAGCAAUUAUAUUUUAUAAAUCUACCCAUACUCCCCUAAACCACCUGCAUUAUUUCACAUGGUAUACCACUAGUUAGCAACACAUUGACACGGUUUUAGAAAGGCUGUAUUCACAUAGACGGAUUACAUAGUUAGAGAUAUUAUGUAACGUUGAGAUCUGUACCUCAGCUACAUUGCAUAUCUCAUGGAGGAGAUAACUGUAGAAAUUGCUCUCCUAGUUUAAGUCAUUCAAUAUUCUUGGCAUUUCUGGCUUGUAGCAUUUUUGAUGUAUUUUGAUAGUGAAAAGCAUUUGAUUGUGAAAGACAUUUCAUGCAAAAGAUUUCAUGCACAAUCCUGUCCAUGUUCUCUCUUUCACCUAUACACAUUUAGCAAUAUAUAUCAUUAUCCAGCCACUGCCGCUCUAGUGCAAGUUGAGAAACACUAGAUCUAUGACAUACAUAUGAAUGUACAUUAUUUCAUUCCACUGGAUUACUUUGGAAAGGUUUGGAAGGGUGCUUGACAGAACUUAGAUGUGGGACAUGGCUUGGUGAUGUAUCAUUGAUCCAUUCUGCCUCUAACACGAGAGGUCAUCUGAAGUGGAAAUAUAAUCAGAAUUUCACUGUGCUUCAGUAUUUAUCCUAUGUAAGAACAAGGGAUUCAUGAUGGAUGCUAGUUUAUUUUCUAUUUCACCCCACCCACCUCAGUUUUCCAGGUAAUGAUUUCGGAAAAGCGUAUUUAGGCAGUGACAUAUUCUUUUGUAUUUGUGCUAGAAGGGAAAUUCAGCAUUACUGUGCGACCAAUCAUGAGAUGCUGCUUAGUUUUAGUUGUGAUCUUGUGUCACACUAUCAUUCAGAACCUUUCACCUCUAGUACCCUCAACAUUUUUAUUUGUGAUUUCUAGAAACUUUAAAAAUUAUCAUUAGCUAACACACAGACUUUAACCUAGCCAUCCCUUUGAUAAUAGUUAUCAUCCCAUGAUGUUGUAGAACUUUAUAUUACACUGCUUACUGUUCAAGUUUAGGGGUUAGAGUAGGCUUAGUAGGUGCAGAGGUCAGUCAGGGUUUAAUUUCUGUUUGACAAAGGGAACUUGAAGAUUUCCAAUGUAAAAUUUCAACUCCAGCGAAAUAAAAAAAACUAAGAAACGA